ACAACUCUCCUUUUGAAAAUUUAGAAGCGGGAAAACUUCCAAAAUCUCGAUUUCCCGCCAAACUCCGCAAAAGCAAACAAAUUAUACAUUUCCAAGCUCUGAAACUAGAACUCACUUCAAGCAGUCAAUCAAUCGCACACUUCUUCUAAGAAUGGCGGGAAAAGGAGGAAAGGGUUUGUUGGCGGGAAAAACGACUGCGGCUGCUGCGAAUAAGGAGAAAGAUAAGAAGAGACCUACUUCCAAAUCAUCUCGAGCUGGUCUUCAGUUUCCGGUUGGGAGAAUCCACCGCCACCUCAAGUCAAGAACAUCUGCCAAUGGGCGAGUAGGAGCAACCGCUGCGGUUUACUCAGCUGCAAUACUGGAAUACUUGACAGCUGAGGUGCUCGAGUUGGCUGGCAACGCGAGCAAGGAUUUGAAGGUGAAGAGGAUCACGCCACGUCACUUGCAACUCGCCAUUCGUGGUGACGAAGAACUUGACACACUAAUCAAAGGUACCAUUGCCGGUGGCGGUGUCAUCCCUCACAUUCACAAGUCUCUAAUCAACAAAACUACAAAGGAAUGAGAUUAUUUGACCACUCUAUCUCAGCUAGACUUCAUGAAUGUUUAUUAAAUGUCAAAAUAAUUGUUUGAUUGUUGACUUAUUGACUUUAGCAUGUGAUUGUAUCAAGUAGUUAUGUAAGUUUGAACAUGAGAUGACAUGUUAAUUUGUGUCUUUGAAUUGGUAA